CCCAUCCAUCUUCCCUCUAACUGCACCUUUCCUGAGGCUUCGGGGUUGAAGGCUAAAGUCAUAGUUUCACAGAAGAAUAAUUCUGACUUGAGAGCAAAAGGCACCAGAAGCAUAUCAGAGCCAAAAACUUCAUCAGCACUCGUGGAAGGUCUGACAAUCCCGAAAUGGAAUUGGAAGAGUGGGAUCGAUCAGGUGAAGCGAGAAGAUGAACAAGCUUUGGAGGGUUCUGUGAUGAACGAUGAGAUCAGAAAGAGAGUGGAAGGCAUUAGAAAGAACUUGGAAUCAAAAGAAGGAGAGAAGAGUAUAUCACCAUCGGCUUAUCACACAGCACUGUUCGCGCUGGUUGAAGACGUGAAUGGAAGUGGGGCCCCUCAGUUCCCAGAAUCUCUUCAGUGGAUAAUAGAGAACCAGCUGCCAGAUGGAUCCUGGGGAGAUGUUCAUAAGUUUGUGGCUUAUGAUCGGCUUCUUUGUACCUUAGCUUCUGUUAUUGUCUUAACACACUACAACCUUCAUCCUGAAAAGGUGGAGAAAGGGCUAAGAUUUUUCAAAGAGAACGUGAACACUCUGGAAACGGAAAACAGAGAGCAUAUGACAUGUGGGUUUGAAGUCAUUCUGCCAACACUUCUGCAACGGGCAAAAGGUUUGAAUAUGGAUCUGCCUGAUGACUUCCCUGGCCUCCCGGAAAUACUUGCAAGGAGAGAUGCCAAGCUCAAAAAGAUACCGAUGAAGGUGUUGCAAAGUGUUCCAACGACGUUGCUGUUCAGCUUGGAAGCGAUACCAGGCCUUCAAUGGGAUAAGCUUCAGAAUGUGAGAAGCAAAGAUGGCUCUUACUUGUUCUGUCCUUCUUCCACUGCCUUUGCUUUCACCCAAAGCAAAGACCCUCACUGCCUCAAUUACUUGAACACUGUCGCCCAAAACUUUAAUGGCGGCGGAGUCCCAGAUUUCUAUCCCGUAGAAUUUUUUGAACAGUUAUGGAUUGUUGACCGAUUGGAGCGCUUGGGGAUCGCAAGAUAUUUCCAACCACAGAUUAAACAGAUUCUGGAGUAUGUCCACAGAAAUUGGAAUGAGAGAGGCAUUGGGUGGACCAAAGAUUCAGACUUGCCAGAUCUUGAUGAUACAUCUAUGGGAUUCAGACUGUUAAGAUUAAACGGCUAUAAUGUUUCAGCCAAUGUAUUUAAAACGUUUGAGAAAGAUGGAGAGUUCUGCUGCUUGCCUGGGCAAACAGAUGAAGGAGCAACAGUGAUGUUUAAUUUUUACAGAGCCACUCAAUUUCAAUUCCCUGGAGAGACAAUUCUUGAUGAAGGCAGGAAAUAUGCAACCAAUUUCUUAUCCAAAAAACGAGCUGAUAAUCAGAUUCUUGAUAAAUGGAUCAUAGCCAAAGAUCUGCCUGGCGAGGUGAGUUAUGCAUUGGAUUUCCCCUGGUAUGCAAGCUUGCCCCGAGUAGAGACUAGAUUUUACUUAGAACAAUAUGGUGGUGGAGAUGAUGUCUGGAUUUCCAAAACCCUUUACAGGCUGCACAAAGUCAGCAAUGAUGAUAAUCUUGAACUUGGGAAGCUAGAUUUUAACAAGUGCCAAGACUUGCAUCGCAGAGAAUGGAAAAGGAUUCAAGAGUGGCAUUCAGAAUGUGGACUAGAAGAGUUAGGAUUGAGCAGAGAAAGGCUUCUCGUGGGUUACUUUCUGGCAGCAGCAAACAUAUUUGAGCCUGAGAGAUCUCAAGAACGACUUGCUUGGGUUAAAACUCUUGCUCUCACUGAGGCCAUCUCAUCUAAGUAUCAGGACCAAGAUGAAAGGAAAGCCUUUGUGUAUGAAUUCAAUAACAGCAGCACUACCUCCUUAUAUCAGCGAUGGCUGAAUAAAAACAGGAGCAGGGAGGGGCUACUGGGGACUUUAAUAGAAACAUUGCACUCCUUCUCUCUGAGCUCACUUUCUGCUAGUUUCGAUAUUCUUCAUGAUGCAUGGAAGAAGUGGCUAUUGGGAUGGCAAAGCGAAGGAGAUAAGUGGGAAGGAGAAGCUGAGCUGUUGGUGAACAUGAUCAACAUAAAUGCAGGCUACCAACUUCCUCAUCACUUGCAAAUCAAUCCUCAGUAUCAGAGACUUGUUCAACUCUCUAAUCAAAUCUGCCACCAAUUAAGUUCUCUCCCAACCACCAAGGAAAAGAAUAGUAAUGGAAGGUACAAGGGGAAGGCAGAAAUAGGAGAGAAAAUGCAAGAACUGGUGCAAGUAGUGCUGUCUUCUAAUGGCAUGGAUCUCAAUACGAAGAAGACAUUCCUUGCUGUGACUAAAAGCUUUUAUUAUGCAGUUCAUACUGAUCCAGACACUGUCAUGUCUCAUAUACAAAAAGUUCUCUUUGAGAGGGUUAUGUAAUAUUACUUUCUCAAGAGAAACGUACAAUAUUAAGGAAAAAUCAUAAAAAAAACUGCCCAAAUAGAAAAAUUGCAAAUAGAGACUUAUGACAGCAUUAAUAUGGGUUUUGACAACAAUUUUUGUGAAUGGGUCUCUAUAUGCAAUUUUUCAAUUUUCAGGGUCUUUUUUUUAAUUUGCCCCAAUAUCAAUCCCUCUAUAUGUGUGUGUAUGUAUGACUUGUAAUUUUAGGAACGUCUUCUAGAAAAUAAAUCAGCAGAAGUUUGAAUAGAAUAGUUCCUCCGGAGUUAUGUAUCAUAUUAGAAGAGUUUGAAUGUACAGACAAAGGUGA